GUGAUCGUACAAAUGGUUAAACGUUUUCUGAUUAGUGACAAUGUGAUGCACACUGGUUUGUUACAUAGCUGAAGCCACCAAGCAACGGUCAUGGCGGGAAGAAUAACUGUAGUGCAGGGUUAUAGUGUGAACUGAGUUCAAGUUAUGUGGAGGAGGUGGGCCAUUCUCCCCCCUACAUUGGAAUUUUGUGUUUGCGUCAGACAAGCAAUCUUGGAAACUUUCGGUGUCUUGUGUAUAUUUUUGGACUGUUGGUUCCCCCAUGAUCCUAUAUAUACACACGACAUUUGCCACUCCUUCACUCCCUCUUCCUUCCUUUCUUUCUCUGCUCCUUCCCUCCUCCCCCUUUUUGCUUCUUGACACUGACUCUUGUGCUACCUCUACCUCUUUCUGGCUCACAUUCUUUUCCAACUGCCAACCACUUCGAUUUUCGACAAGUUUUGGAUGGUUUUUAUUUCAGGGUUUUGCAAUAGGUUCCAAUUCUGGAAGUUCUGACCAGUUUUCUUUAGACAAAGCUCUUCUAUUUUUCACUGAUUGAGUUAUUUCACAUUCAAGUUGUGACAUUUGAGCAAUAUCAGCUUCUGGGUAUUGACUCGGAGGCUUAAAUUUGAUUCCUUUUUAUCUUAUUUUGGGAAUUGCUGAAAAAACUUGUGAGGGGGGGUUGUUGGGGCUGGCACAUUGGUUAUAAGGAAAGAGUUUCCAAAGACAAUGAUUCUGCCAUCCAAAGGGUGCAUUCUGUGGAGGUUUUACUCAAUUCCUGACAAGAAAUCUCUUCUUGACAAAAGCUUUUAUUUUUGGAUUUUCCAAAUUUUUAAUAGAUACAGUACGGGCACUUAACUAGCAUUCAUCCCUAAGCUGCAGCUCUCUGCUAUUAUAACUAUUAUAUUUAUUAUUUUGUUUUGAAAAUUUCGGAUAUUUGUGAGUUAUGGGAGGGGCAUCACUACCACCAGGUUUUAGAUUCCACCCAACUGAUGAGGAAUUAGUGGGAUACUAUCUUAGUAGAAAAGUGGAGGGGCUUGAAUUUGAGCUCGAAGUAAUUCCUGUGAUCGAUUUGUACAAAUUUGACCCCUGGGAGCUGCCAGAGAAAUCGUUUCUCCCUAGGCGAGAUAUGGAAUGGUUCUUCUUCUGUCCAAGGGAUCGAAAGUACCCGAAUGGCUCAAGAACAAAUCGAGCUACCAAAUCUGGCUACUGGAAAGCCACUGGAAAAGACCGCAAGGUUGUCUGCCAAUCUAGUGUUACUGGAUACCGCAAGACCCUUGUUUUCUAUCGUGGCCGUGCUCCUUUAGGUGAUCGAACGGAGUGGAUUAUGCAUGAGUACCGCCUCAAUGAUGAUUUUGCUCAGGGGUCACCAGGUCUCCAGGGAGUUUUUGCUUUGUGCCGUGUUGUUAAACAGAAAGAGCAUACACAGAAGGCAAAUGAUUCCAAUGGAGAACCCAAGGCUAAGACGACUGGAAGUACUUCGAGCAAUGGGGAUUUGACCUCAACAAGAAACUCGAAUGAGACCAUGAGCAUCUCUGCUGGAAUGUCAUCUCAAGUGAACUACCAGCAUGACGAGAGUCGCCAUUCAAGCCAUACUACUUCUCCAUAUGAAGUCUCUCCAAUGGCAGAGUUUGAGCCAGCUCCAAGAGGCACCAAUCCUGCAGACUUCUGGAUCUCACCUGACUUAAUUCUUGAUUCUUCAAAGGACUACCCACAGUUACAAGGAGCUGUGCCUAAUUACUUCCCCCAGUACGAGUUUCCAAGCACAAUGUCACCAUGGCAGUCAUAUGAACACACUGAGAUUUCGCCUAGUUCAUCAUACUCAAAUUUUGGAGACUUCCAAAUGGCAGAUGAUAUGAAUCAAAUUCCCAGCAUGUCACCUUUCUCAGGACACACAAACUACAUGGGUUAUUGUGGAAAUGAGGGAUUGCAAUUUGAAGGUUUUGACCAGACUAGUACAGUGAGAUAUCCAAAUCACUUCUGAAAAGGAAAGAAGAACAUUGUCGAUCUUUUUUUCAAGGGGUUUUGUCCAUUUACCCCAUUUCUAGGGAUUUUUUUCCCACUUACCCCAUUAAGUUUUUUUAAUUCUCUCUUACCCAAUACACUCUAAGGGAGUCUUCUCUAAUACCCCAUUAAGAUUUUUUUUUUGUUUUUAAUUUUUUUUUAAUACCAUUUUACCCCUCACCCCUUUGUUACUUAGAGAGAGAAAUAGAGAAAAUGGAAGAGAGAGAAACCAUAGGAGACUUCGCCGGAGCCUGUCACUGGUCGCCGGAAUCCGGUCAACUUUCGCCGGAAUCCGGCCAACUUUCGCCGGAAUCCGGUCACCGGUCGCCGGAUUCCGGUCACCGGCUGCCGCCCACCGGAAUUUGCUGAAAAUCUCACCGGAAAGUUUUUUUUGCCCCCAAUAGACAUCUAUUGCCCCCUAAUAGAGGGGCAAUAGACGUCUAUUGCCCCCCAAUAGACGUCUAUUGCCCCAAUAGUCUAUUGCCCACUAAUAGACGUCUAUUGGCCCCCAAUAGACGACUAUCAGCCAUGUAUUGCCCCCCAAUAGACGACUAUCAGCCAUGUAUUGCCCCCCAAUAGACGACUAUUGCCCCCCAAUAGAACUUUCGUUUGUCGGAAUGAAAAUUAAUCUUCCUAAAAUUAGACAAAUAAAACUUUAAUUAACGAAAAAAAAAAAAAA